AUGUUGACGAUGAAAAAGAAGUUGAUGAAAAAUGUUGACGAUGAAAAAGAAGUUGAUGAAGAAACAGUGGUUGACAAUGAGAAAAAGAGUUAUAAAGAUCAAGCAAGAGGAAAAGAUGGAAAAGAGAGCACAGAAGAAGAAAAGAAAGAAACACCAGCCAGUAAGAAAAUUUCGGCAUAUGCCAGCUCAGAUGACGAUGAGGAUAAAUAUAGUAAAACCUUUACAAUUGAAGAUCUAGAAGUAAAAGAGAAAAAAGAAAAAAAGGACGAAGACAAAGAAGACAAAGAAGAAGAGAAAUUCUACUCAGCCGGAGAAGAAGAAGAGAAAGAAGAGAAGAAGGAAAACGAGCAUCUAGAAGAUAUUCUUCCAUCUACAGAAGACGGUUCUAUUAGUUAG